AUGGGUCUCAGCUCCACCAAGCUGCGAAACAUCAAGAACGAAAACCCAAUCACCAUCUGGCAAAUUACGGGCGACCUGGGUGCAGGCACAUACGGCAAGGUUCACCUUGUGCGGCAUCGACAAACAGGUCAAAAGGCGGCCGCCAAGAUUGCUCAAAUUGGUGCCAGCGCUCAGCUCAGUGAUUUUUCCACCGAAGUUGACAUUUUGACCAGCUGCCGCCAUGAUAACAUCACAAACUUUAUCGACGGCUACUUCAACAAACCUGACUUGUGGAUUAUCAUUGAACUCUGUGAUGGUGGAUCCCUGGGCUCGCUCGUUGACAAGACAGAAGCCGGUUUUGAUGAAGGCUACAUUGCUCCCAUCAUGCACCAAAUGCUCAAAGCCCUCGUCUUCCUGCACGCUCAUUUUGUAAUCCAUCGCGACAUCAAUUGCGCCAAUACCCUCAUCACCCGCCACGGCACCGUCAAACUCGCCGACUUUGGCGUAUCCGCCCUCGGCAAGAGCGAAGACCAGCGCCGGCACACCUUUGUCGGCUCUCCACAUUGGAUGGCUCCAGAAGUCGUGGCCUGUGAAAAUGAUAGCUCAAACGCCUACAACUCGCGCGCCGACAUUUGGUCGUUGGGCAUCACAGCUUUGGAGCUAGCCCAACGCCGCCCGCCGCAUGCUGACCUCCACCCCAUCAAGGUGUUGUUCAAAAUUCUCUCUGGACCUAGCCCGACCCUCGACGCCAGCCGUGGCUUUAGUAGUUCGUUUCACGAUUUUGUCGCCUCGGCACUGGUGAAAAAGCCCACCGACCGCAUCACUGCUGGAGCUUUGAGCAAACACCCCUUUGUCAGCGAACAGGGCGACAAGGGCAAACUCAAGACGCUCGUCCAAUCCUUGGUGUAG